CAACUAUAAAUGCAGAUGGAGUCUCCAAGAUGGUCAUCAGUUAAUCGGUUACGUUCGCUCGGUGCACCUCUAGCUCCCCGUGUUUUGUGAUUCCCGAGUGAAGAUGAAAUCCUUUGCCUUUGUCGUUUUGGCUGCGUUCAGCUUGGUCGUGGUGGUCAGUGGACGUCCGGGUGGCCAGUACUUGCCACCUCUGCCCGUGAAGCAGGUGUCCGCCGCGCCCAGUUUCCAGCAGGUGGUGCAGCCACAGAUCCAGCAGGCCAUCCAGUCGCAGAUCCACAUUCAGCCCCAGAUCCAGGCUCAAGUGGAGUCCAUCCAGGCCUCCAUUCCACUGGCCAGCUUCACCAUCCAAUCUGGCGGUCAGCAGCACUAUCAGAGUGCUCCGGCUCCAGUUUCAAUCCCUGCCCCUGCCCCUGCCCCUGCUCCAGUUAGCAUUCCUGCCCCGGCGCCCGUGGAGAUCUCCCAGCCAGCUCCGCAGGUGAUCUAUGAGCCACCCAAGCCCACUGUGGCCACCCAGACGACGGUGAGCAACGCCUAUUUGCCACCCACUCCCGUCCAGCAGUUUGUGCCCGCUCCGGAACCAGUGGUUGAGACCACUGCACCACAAGCACAGAAGGAGACCAUCACCACUACUUACGCGGCACCCGCACCCGCUCCAGUUCCAGUUGCAAUUCCAGUUGCUGCCGUUCAUGAACAGCACCAGGUGGUGCAUCAGACUUUCUCCGCUCCAGCUCCUGCUCCUGCUCCUGCUCCAGUUCCGGUUCAGGAACCAGUCUACGCUCCCGCUCCAGUGGUGCAGGAACCAGUCUACGCCCCUGCUCCAGUGGCUCAGCAGACUUAUUCAGCCCCAGCUCCGGUUGUCCAGGAACAGACUUAUUCCGCUCCAGCUCCUGCUCCCGUCGUUCAACAGACUUAUGCAGCUCCCGCUCCCGCUCCAGUGGUUCAGCAGACUUACGCCGCUCCAGCUCCCGCUCCAGUGGUACAGGAACCACAAUUCUACAGUGCUCCAGCUCCCGCUCCAGUUGCUCAGCAAACCUACUCUUACCCAGCUCCAGUGGUGCAGCAAGCGCCUGUUAUUCAGCAAGCUCCAGUAGUUCAGGAAGUCAUUCAGCAAGCUCCUGUUGUUCAGCAGACUUACUCCGCUCCCGCUCCAGUGGUGCAGGAAGUUAUUCAGCAAGCUCCAGUCAUUCAGCAAGCCCCAGUGAUUCAGCAAGCUCCAGUGAUUCAACAAGCUCCAGUGAUUCAGCAAGCUCCGGUCAUUCAUCAGACCUAUAGUGCUCCGGCUCCGGUGAUUCAGCAAGCUCCAGUGGUUCAGGAAGUGAUUCAGAAAGCACCUGCAGUACAGGAAGUUAUCCAGCAAGCUUCAGUGGUUCAGGAACAAACUCAGGUGGUUCAACAGACUUACACUGCACCAGCUCCCGCUCCUGCUCCAGUUGCUCAGCAGACAUACUCUUACCCAGCUCCAGUGGUGCAGCAAGCUCCUGUCAUUCAGCAAGCUCCUGUUUAUCAGCAAGCUCCUGUGGCUCAACAAGCUCCCGUGGUUCAACAGUCUUACUCAGCUCCAGCUCCAGUGGUUCAGGAACAAUUCUACAGUGCACCUGCUCCAGUGGCUCAGCAGACCUACUCCGCCCCCGCACCGGUUGUCCAGGAACAGACUUACUCCGCUCCAGCUCCGGCACCUGUGGCUCAGCAGACUUACUCCGCUCCGGCUCCAGUUUCUAUUUCUGAACCUGUCCAGCAAUAUAGUGGUUACUCCUACCAGUCGCCCCAGCCAGCGCCAGCUCCAGUUCCGGUUCAGGUGUCGCUCCCUGCUCCUGCACCUGCUCCCAUUUCCAUUCCUGCUCCAGUGCAGUUGCAGCAAUCCUUUGUUCCAGCACCACCUGCCCCCAUCCAAGUCCAGCAGCCAUCCCAACCCAUUGUGCAGUAUGCUCCUCAGGCGGUGCAACAGCAGGUGACCUACACCCAGCCCGCUCCUGCUCCUGCUCCAGUUCCAGUUCCAGCUCCCGCUCCAGUGCCCGUGGAGAUCGGAACCACUUACGCCGUCAACGGGGGAUACCUGUACAAAUAGGAUGCCCGUGAACGGACCCCGGCGGAGGUCCGAACUCGCAUCGAGUUGUGGAUCGAACGUCAAUCGCCGAUCGGUUCAUCUGAACUUAGUUAUUACGUAGCCAAUUUCUAGCACCUUUUUUAUUGUUUUACAAUUUUUUAAACCAAUAAACUGUUUUUGUUAUUAAAAAAAAA